AUGUCGUUUCCAUCCGCUGUCUCUAUUCGCCGUCCCGAAACCGAAGAGGAUCUGCUCGACGUGGAGUUGGAUUAUGAAGAAGAUAAACCGGUCACGGAAGUUCUACCAGCCCCUCAAAUUUUGGCAGCUCAUACUGUCCAUGGCAUCCAAACACUCAAAGUAAGAAAAUGUAAUGGCGGGUACUACUGCGUCGCCUGUAAAGACGGAAAACCUUAUUGGAAUAACAUCCCAGCGGCAUUUGGAGAGCAAUGCGGGUUUGAUCGCAAUCAUGUGUUUUACAAUAAAAGCUUGGAAUGCGAGCUUGAUAAACAUGUAAGUGUUUGGCACCAUGGCGAUUAUGGAGACGCUUAUGUGGUUUGGAUGGACUUCUUCACUCGUCAAUGGGGAACAAAGAAAAAUGAUCAAAGCGCAGUAGCCAAAGAACUCAUCUGGCAUUACACAGGUCUAGUAUGGACAAAUUUUGGACUGCAUAGAUGGCAUCUCUGUAAUCACCUCAAGAGCACACAUAAACACAUCUUCUGCAAGGAGUACACUCUGUGGGUUGACGUAUUUCGAGGUUAUCAAACGCGCUUGUAUUGCUUGCUUAGAAAGCCGAAAUCUGGAAAAUGA